UAAAAUAAAAAUAAAAAUAAAACCCAAGUGUUGAACUCUCUAUUAGAGGCUUCUCCUAUACUGCAACAAAAGUUCCUUGCUGUCCACGGAUCUUUCCUCAUCAAAACUCCUCUAUUUAAGCUCUAUAUUUUGCCUGUGCUAUACUUUCUCAACUGUUCUCUCUUUCUCAGCUUCUACAAAUCUUCUCUUCCUGUAUUUCUUUCUUUCUUUAUAUAUUAUUAUAAAUAUCAGGUUCUUGAAUUUUGAGUUCUUGUUCUUGUUGAUAUAUUAAUGGAAGAAUCUAUUGUGGUGAACAAAGGAGAGCAUGUUAUCGAUCUGCCACCUGGUUUCCGAUUCCACCCCACCGAUGAAGAGAUAAUAACUCAUUAUCUUACUGAAAAGGUAAUGAAUAGCAGUUUCAGUGCAUGUGCUAUUGGUGAAGUUGAUCUCAAUAAGUGCGAACCAUGGGAUUUACCUAAGAAAGCAAAGAUGGGCGAGAAAGAAUGGUAUUUCUUUUGCCAGAGAGAUAGGAAAUAUCCAACCGGUAUGAGAACUAAUCGAGCAACGGAGGCCGGAUAUUGGAAAGCUACAGGAAAAGAUAAAGAAAUCUACAAAGGAAAAAAUUGCCUUGUUGGAAUGAAAAAGACUCUUGUUUUCUACAGAGGAAGAGCUCCUAAAGGAGAAAAAACCAAUUGGGUUAUGCAUGAAUAUAGACUUGAAGGCAAAUUUUCUUAUUACAACCUACCUAAAGCUGCAAAGGAUGAAUGGGUUGUUUGUAGGGUUUUCCAUAAGAGUACCGGAAUCAAGAAAACUUCAAUUCAAGAACUUCUAAGAGGGAAUUCUAUAGGUGAUGAUUUCUUGGAUUAUUCUUCACUCCCACCUCUAAUGGAUACUCCUCUUCAUUCUAACCGGCCUAGUUCGAGCUUCAACGGAGAUGAAGAUAAUUAUGAUUACAAGACUAUAAAAAUAUCAUCAUUUGAUGGGAAUUACUUGCCCCACCUGUCUACUUCUAUUAUUAACAACAAUAAUAAUAGUAAUCUUCAACUUCAAACUCAAAAUCCCACCUACCAAACACUUCAAAACUCCAUUUUUCACCCUCAAAUUUCAGCUUCAAAUAAUCCUAUCUUCACCUUCCAAACAAACCCAAAUAUGUCUGGUUAUUUUCAAAACUCUAGCUUUGAUGGUACUAACCAAACCCUUUUAAGAGCUUUAGCUGGGCAAGGAAAAGAAUGCAAGACUGAACAAUAUUCAUCUAACCAAUCUAUGGCUACUCUAUCACAAGAAACUGGCCUUAGUACUGAUGUGAACACCACAACAGAAAUAUCAUCGGUCGUGUCCAAGCAAGAAAUUGGAAGCAGCAAGGUUUAUCAUGAUGAUCUUGAUCAUCAAGGUCCAUCAUCAUCAGUUGGCCCCAUUGCAGAUUUAGAAGUCUUGUGGGAUUACUAAUUAGUGAAAUAUAUAUAGAUAUGAUCGUUGGAAAAUAUAGUUGUGGUGGGGGUGCAUAUAUGCCUGUGUUUUUACUUAAGUAUUUUUAGGUAAUUUCAGUAGUUUUUUUAAAUGUUUUUAUUGUUGAGUUCAGAUGAUCAAUACUUUUGUAUAGAUGAUUAAUUAUAGGUUUAAUUAAAUUCAUGGUGUCUAAAGCUUUUCGAGAUUUCA